AGCAGCCGUGCUCAGACCCUUUACUGCCUUUCAUCAUGCUUUAAAAGUGUCUCUCUGUUAUCAUUUAAUCAAACCGAGAAAUGUGUUAGCGUGUCCUUCACGGUCGUUUGGCAAGUGAAAGAGGCUUUGCUGUUUCGUCUUCCUGCAGCACUUCAGUUAACGUGCAACCGAGUGUUCUGCAACAUCUCGUGCUCUUGGAGGCUGUACUGGCUUUUAAGAAAUUGCAUUAUUUAUUUUUGGAACACAACAUUGACUAAGGCGAGGGAAGAUGCACGUAAUAAAUGCGGCGAUACUGAUGACAGCGAUGGUAACCGUGACGUUUAGCCCAGGAGAGGCGCUGACCUGCUACGUUUCGAGCUGUGAUUCUCAAGGACGAUGUCGAGAUCGAGUGGCACGUUGCGAGGGAUCCUGCGCCGUCAAGUUCGAGGUCGACGAUGAUGACGCCCCCUUUAGGUGGUGCUCCGCCGGCGUUCCCUCCUCGGGCGUCCUCCACGAGAUCGACGGCGACGGCGACGACCACUACGUCACGCGCUUCUGCAACGCCGACCUCUGCAACGCGACGUCUGCCACCGCCAUUGUUGCCAACGUGUUUCCGAUCCUCUUCCUGACGCUCCUCCUGCAGUAAAGGCGCUGCCGGCUGCGAGCCCCGGGCAUCACGGCAACUGCAGGCUUCUGAAGCACUAGCCGGGGGGGUCUUGGAUCUGCAGUUGGUUCGUGUGCUGCAGUGUACGUGUAGUGUACUAUAAUACGUGUGUGUGUGUGUGUGUGUGCGCGUGUGUGUGUGUGUGUGUGUGUGUGUGUGUGUGUGUGUGUGUGUGUGUGUGUGUGUGUGUGUGUGUGUGUGUGUGUGUAUGUGUGUGUUACAUGCACCAUAAGUAGAUCCCAUUAAAUUAAUUCCCUAAAGGAUUUUUGCUAGGUUGCCAGAAUAACAGAGGAUUAUAUCAGUUGCCUCAGAGAUUUACACGAAAUAAUUUUCUUGUAGGUAUGUAUGCCGCAAUACAGCUUGUAAUAAUAAUAACAAUAAAUUUAUUAAUAAUCAAACAACAAUAUGCUACUUUUUGUAUCUUCUUAAAUUAGUGAUCGAUGUAGACUCUACAGUUGAAUAUAACAUAUUUGCACGAAAUACAUAAGAUCUACAAGAAGUAAAAAAAAAAAAAAAAAAAAAAAAAA